UUCACACCUCCCUCUUGCAAUCCAUUGUUUUGUAGUUUUGUUAAUUGUUAGAGAUUCUGAUUCUGCAGUUAGAAUUUAGAAACAUUGUCGGCCUUGAGGGAUUGAGGACAUUGGAUUGAUCUUAUCUGUUUCUCUGGGUCUUUUUUCCUCAACCUAGUUGUGUCCAUUUUCCUUUUUAAUCUCGCCUCUGUUUUGGGGCGUUUUCCAUGUUUGUAUAUCGGGGGGAAAAAAAAAUUCCUCUUUUUCUGUUCAUAUUUGUCCACGAGUAUUGAACGAUAAACGAGCUCACUCGCAGAACUUUCGAGCUCCCUCUCUAUUGGCGCAAAAGGGUCUUUCAUGGCUUCCCGAAAAGUAAGAUUUUCAUUUUAAUUCCCAACAAAUCCCGAAUCCCACCAUUUUCGGGAAGGGAAUUUUUGAGCUCCUUGGCUCCUAAUUUCAGGCCUCCAGCCCCAAGGGAGAAAAGAAAAAUGUUUGGAACUCAAAGCAAAAUAGACCUUGCGGUCGAAUACCAAUCCCAAAUACCAAUUCUGAGGCCCAGCAUCUAUUCCAGAAGAGCGAAUCUCACUGUAAAAUUCCAAGACAUUUAUGGGUUCACGGUAGAAGGGAAUGUAGAUGAUGUCAAUGUGUUGAAUGAGGUACGAGAGAAGGUGAGGCAACAGGGAAGGGUAUGGUGGGCAAUGGAAGCCAACAAAGGUGCAAAUUGGUAUUUGAACACUACCAUAGGCGAAGGCAGUGCCCUUAAGAGUUCUUUGAAGUUCUCCACACUUGUUAAUGCCAUCACUCUGAAGAAGUUGAUUAGGAGAGGAAUCCCCCCAAGUCUACGGCCUAAGGUCUGGUUUUCAUUGUCUGGGGCUGCCAAGAAAAAGUCCACCGUACCUGAGAGUUAUUACGAUGAUCUGACCAAAGCAGUGGAGGAGAAGGUCACCGCCGCCACCAGACAGAUUGAUCAUGACCUGCCCCGAACCUUCCCUGGUCAUCCAUGGUUGGACACUAUAGAAGGACAUGCUGCUCUUAGGCGUGUUCUUGUUGCCUAUUCCUUUCGUGAUUCUGAUGUUGGGUAUUGUCAGGGGUUAAAUUACGUUGCAGCGUUAUUGUUGCUUGUCAUGAAGACAGAAGAGGAUGCAUUUUGGAUGCUGGCAGUCCUAUUGGAAAAUGUCUUAGUUAAUGACUGCUACACAAACAACUUAUCAGGAUGCCAUGUUGAACAAAGAGUGUUUAAAGAUUUACUUGCUAAAAAGUGCCCAAGGAUAGCGGCUCAUUUGGAAGCGUUGGAGUUUGAUGUCUCCCUAGUAGCCACUGAGUGGUUCCUUUGCCUCUUUUCAAAGAGUUUACCUUCAGAGACAACUUUGCGAGUGUGGGACGUCAUGUUCUACGAAGGGGCAAAGGUUAUGUUUAAUGUGGCUCUGGCAAUCUUUAAGAUGAAGGAAGAUGAGUUGCUUCUUACACAUCACGUUGGUGAGGUGAUUGAUAUUCUGCAGAGGACGACCCAUGACCUAUUUGAUCCAGAUGAUUUACUGACAGUGGCAUUUGAUAAGAUAGGCUCCAUGACGACCAACACCAUAUCAAAGGAAAGGAAGAAACAAGAACCUGAAGUGAUGAAGGAACUUGAUGAGAGGUUGAGACGGUUAAGUUCAUCCCAAGUGGAAGAUAAAUAGCAAUUUCUUCAGUGUAAGUUUGAUCUGAAAUAGGAAACUGUUCUAGUGGUAGCAGUACUGUGUUGUGUGUCUUGGAGGUGAAUGUUGAGUUCAUCCGAGUGAAAGUUCCUGUACUGUUUGAGGGGAUACUUGUAGGUGAGAGUGUAAAUGAUCUGUGGAUGUAUCAUUAUCUGUUAAUUUAUGGCGCAGAUUUGAUCAAGAAAUUAUGGGAUUUCAUUGAUCUGCUA